UAGUUGGGUGUUUCCCACCAUUUGGCGCGAAAAUCAGUUCAGUGCUGAAAUAGAUUCUAGGGUUUCAAUCAGAUUGAAAAUUAAGAAUCAUUUCAAAGUGCUUUCCUUCGAUUACGAAUGGCUUCACCACCACCGUCAAAACGCAGGCGUAAGAACCAGAGCAAAGACGAAGCAGAUGACCCGUCAGCGGCACCUUCAUCCACACCAGAGAAAUUAUCCCCUGUGGUGGUCUUUGCUCAUGGUGCUGGUGCUUCUUCUUCUUCCGACUGGAUGAUCAGGUGGAAGGAUAUGUUGGGAAAAGCACUAAACGCUGUAGAAGUUGUUACCUUCGAUUACCCAUAUAUUUCUGGUGGGAAAAAGAGGGCUCCUCCAAAGGCUGAAAAGUUGGUCGGUUUUCAUGCCGAUGUUGUCAAAAAGGCGGUUGCUAAGUACCCAGGUCAUCCGUUGAUUUUAGCCGGGAAAUCUAUGGGUUCAAGAGUCAGCUGCAUGGUAGCUUGCAAGGAAGAUAUACAUGCCUCAACAAUAAUUUGCUUAGGAUACCCACUAAAGGGCAUGAAUGGAGCAGUGCGAGAUGAAACGAUAUUGGAACUUUCUAUUCCCAUAAUGUUUGUACAGGGUAGUAAAGAUGGGCUUUGUCCAUUGGAAAAGCUAGAAACUACUCGCAAGAAGAUGAAAUGCCUUAAUGAUUUGCAUGUCAUUGAUGGUGGCGACCACUCCUUCAAGAUUGGAAAGAAGCAUAUGCAAAGCACUGGGUUAUCCCAAGACAAAGCUGAAGAUCUUGCUUUUCAGGCCAUUGCAGCUUUUUGGUUGAGGUCUCUUGAAGGAAGGUGACACUUUAUAUUGCAUAGAAAAGUUUCCAUGUAAUAUCAAGGGUUGUAUCAUGUUGUCCAUACACUGUUAUCAUGCUGUUUUUGUGCCAUCAAUUCCUUGCUUCCUCUUGUGAUGUAAACUUCUCAUGCUCUUUUUGUACUGUCAAUCCGUAACUUUAUUUAGAGGUGUGUUUUGAUAGACGUUGACACACUUAAAACAUUACUAUGGUAUUGCUAGCAUAUGGUGGAGUACUUAUUUUUAUUGUAUCGUACUAUUGGUUUGCA